UGAGGGAGGGUGCGUUGCCGCGUCGCUCGGCUCUCCUCGCCAAACGUGUCUGGGAAAUAAGACUCUGCUACAUCCCGAUAAUUUUGUGAUAUACAUCAUAUAUUUUAACAACCUCAAAGCGAAAGUUUCUCUAGUGAUUCACAUGGUAUCGAGGAUUUAUUUUGAGGUAAACUUCUGAUUUAUUUUGAGGUAAACUUCUGAUAACUAUUAACAGUUUAUGGCAACAUUAAGUUAUCGAAGAACGAUGAAAAAUUAACAAGAUUAAAGGUUGUUCUGAAGUCAUAACGUAGAGACGCGUUUCUUCAUUAUUAUUUUAUACACUAUCAAUUUUCUACGAAGAAGCAAUUAAAUGAUAGGUAUCUGUGCAUAAUUUGGAAACUGCAAGCAACCGAGUAGAAACAUUUCCCACAAGAUUGAAAGCUGACAUGUAAUCUAUUACAUACUGUUAAGGAACCUAGAAUCAGGAUAUUGUGUAUGAAAACAGACCAGCAACGAAUUUAUGUUGAGAAUUAGGAAGCAUAAUGCCCCUAUGUAAAUUUCCUGCAACUAUUUAUAGUGAGUGUGCGAAAGUCAUUAUUAUAAUUAGUGAUCUAUAUUAAGCGGAAAGUCUGGAGAAUCCAAGUAAACAUCCGAGAUACUCUGUGGAAUCCAAGUAAACAUCUGAGAUACUCUGUGGAAUCCAAGUAAACAUCUGAAAUACUCUGAGGAAUCCAAAUAAACAUCUGAGAUACUGUGAAAUCCAAGUAAACAUCUGAAACAUUCUGUGGAAUCCAGGUAAACAUCUGAGAUACUCUGUCAUCAAUCUUAAUAAUUAGCUGACAACUUUUACUUGAACCAUUAUAUCAUCCAGAAAAAAAUGAUCAAUCAACACUUGACAAUAAAAUGUGAAAAUUUCUAAAGUGAUGCUUUUCCAAAACUUAAACACAUGAUAUUUACAUCAGAAAUCAAAGUACUGAAGCAAGAAUGAGUUACAGCAGCCCUUGGAGUAUCGCUCGUCGACACAACUUGUGUGAUUCAUUACAAAAAACUGGGCCAGAAGGCAGGAGACACUUGCAGUGUAGAUCUGUGGUAUAGGGAUUUAAGUGUGACGAGUCUUAGGUGUUUGUAAACACAAGACCGAAUGGCAUGUCACGCAUACAAUACAGAUUAAAAAUGAUCGCAGGUGUCAAGUUGUACUGAGGACACAGAAUUUUUAGGAUAAUUAUUUCCAGGUGAUGAUUAGUUAGCUUAUUAGAAAGCUCGAUGAUGAAAUACGUGACUACAAAAUAGAGGAAGUAACCUAAGUCAUUAGUGGUGAACAAUGCCACUAUUCGAUAUAUUGAUUAGAAAUGAGCCUUAAGUGACUAAUCCCAUUAUCUCUGUUCCGACAGUGUAAAACAUAUUGACCAACACUCAGGCUGGCUACCAACCGUCAUCCACACACCCCUGGCUACCUCUGAUGAUUUCCGAGAAUUUUUGUACUCCCAGAGCUCGGCCUUGAGCCACACACCCCAGAGACUAAGAAGCCUCACCUUUGUUCAUCGGGACACUUUUAAUGAGUGAUGGCCUGGCACCAUGAAUUUAGUUACCAUCGGGUAGAGUGAGGAUGAUGAUCAUUAUGGUUCUCUUCUACCUGCUAAUCUGCACCAUGGCACUGCGAAGCACCGAAGCUGCUACGCUGGAGUCCAUCAACACUGGACCGUUGUUCGUGGUUGAGGUAGUGAAGGGAGGUCGAGCAGAGAUGCCUUGUGAUGUGCUCACAGCAGACUCCAGCGACCGUGUGGUUCUUGUUCUCUGGUAUAAGGAUGGCGUCGGAGCUCCUAUAUAUAGCUACGACUCUCGCAAGCAUAAUCUUCUUGAAGCAAGGAACUGGGCAGACGAGAAGACCUUGGGUGGUCGGGGUCACUUCGACCUUCAGUCUUCGCCAGCUUCACUGGUUGUGGACAAUGUUCGAGGCAGUGACGAGGGACUCUACCGAUGCCGCGUCGACUUCAAGAAAAGCCCCACCAGGAACGCCAGAACCAACCUAACAGUCAUCAUUCCUCCACAAGACCCUACCAUCCUAGUACAGGAGGAAGGACCACAGGUGUGGACUAUGGUGGGUCCUUAUAAUGAGGGAGAGUCCAUGUCCCUAACUUGUGAAGUUAAUGGAGGAAAACCUCCACCCCGAGUCACCUGGUGGAUGAAAGGAGAGAUGGUUGACGAGACAUAUGAGUGUCCCCGUGCACACACCGUCACUAACACCCUCACCUUGCAAAGAUUAACUCGUGCACACCUCCACACUGUCUUGGUGUGCAGAGCUUCCAACAGCAAUUACACCGCCCCCGUCCAAACCUCUAUCACUAUAGAGAUGAACUUGAAGCCGCUGUCUGUGAAGAUCCUAGCGUCCCGCGAGGCCAUAUCUGCAGGGAAGGUGUACGAGGUGGUGUGUCAGAGUGCGGGAGCUCGACCCCCAGCCUCCCUCACCUGGUGGCUAGACGGUGUUCACCUCACCAACGCUACUAUCUCUACGGCGAGCAAUGGCAACGUCACACUUAGUAAACUCCUGCUGGUGCCUUAUGACGCGGACGGCGGCAAGUUCCUCAAGUGUUUGGCAGAGUCUCCAGCGAUAAACCACCAGCCACUACACGACCUGUGGAAACUCGACGUCCAGUACACCCCACAAGUGCACCUAGCGAUGGGCAGCAGUCUUAGUCCUGAUGAAAUAAAGGAAGGAGACGAUGUGUACUUUGAGUGUAAUGUUAGAGCUCAUCCUUACGUGUACAAGGUCCUCUGGUAUCAUAAUGGAGUGCAGGUGCAACACAAUGUGUCUGUGGGAGUGAUCAUCAGCAACCAGAGUCUGGUGAUACAGAGACUUCGUCGACAACACACUGGUCUCUAUACCUGCGUCGCUUCCAACAUUGAGGGUGACGGCCAGAGCAAUGCUGUCGUUCUCAAAGUUCAAUAUGCCCCUGUGUGCGCCUCAGGUCAGGUCCACGUCUACGGAGCCGCCAAGAACGAAGAAGUUUCCAUCACAUGUCGACUGGAUGCUGUGCCUCCUGUUGUUCAUUUCUUCUGGCGAUUUAACAGCAGUGGCGAUGUUGUUGACAUCGCUGAGAAUCACGUGGUGACACAGGGGCUCCAGUCCUCCCUCUCCUACGUGGCCCGCACUGAGUUGGACUACGGCACUUUACUGUGUUGGGGUAGCAACUCCCUCGGCAGACAGAAGAAACCUUGUGCUUUUAAGGUGGUCGCUGCCAGCAAACCCAAUCCUCCUGAGAGCUGCAGUCUUACUAACCAAACAACGGAGACGAUGAAAGUGCACUGUGUACCUGGUUACGAUGGCGGCCUGGUGCAAAGGUUCAUUAUCGAGAUUUAUGAGGCAGAGACUAAACGUCUGCUACUCAACAUUACGGAAAACACCGCUCCGGAGUUUUCUCUGCGAGGCCUUGAACCAGGGACCUCGUAUGUUGUGCAUGUUUACGCUGCCAACGAAAGGGGCGUAAGUGAAAGAAGGUACCUCGCUGGCUAUACCAUUAAAGACGUAGCAGAGAGACGCACUGCCCAAGUUAAGCCUCCUCCAGAUGAAGAGGUGUCCAUCACUCCCAUUCUGGCGGUGGUGGUGGGAGUGGUGGCGUCACUGGUGUUGGUGGCGCUGGUGGCAGUAUUAGUGGUCACCCUCAAGAAAAAACGACAUCCAAGAAGCAAAAAUAUUACCUUGCAGACCUCCCUGGCUGAGACUCGGGACUUAGAUGACAACAAUCCUGACCUCAUUCCAGCCAACGGUAAUGACGAGACCGAGAACAAGAGCCCAACUACCCCAGACGAAGGUGGUUUUGGUAGUGUCCACAUCUGCGCCUCCGUCCCCUAUCCCAGCACUGCAUACGGCUCCUAUCCCAGGACGCCUAGACCCAUAUCAUCCAGCAGUCCUCAGAACAUGGAGCUAAUGUAUGCAGAACUGACCUUACCUCGCGGCGUCGCUCACUAUCCCACCGCAACCUUCUCCCGGCGCAAGCAAGAGCCCAGUAUUUACGCCCAGAUAGAUCACGCUGUACCGAGUGUCCCUCUGUCUAGGAACGUCGUCCCUGUCAUCAGUUGUGGCAGCGGUGGGAUUGUCGUAAGUUCCGUGGAUGGGUUGAUGGGUAGCAGUCUUUGUGGCAGCGUGGUCGGAGUUAUGAGUGGUGAGAUGGGCGGAAGCAUGGGUAGAAGCAAGGGUGCUAGUAUAGGUGGAAUGGGCGGCAGUGUGUGCACUGGAAGCGGUAUAGUAAUGGGUGCCAUGUGUUCCCAGGAAGCUAUAGCUAGGGACUUUGAGAGUUUGGCCCAAGCCACGCACACGCCGCCACCACAAGAAUUUCGAGGACCCCCAUUGACCCCGCCCAUCCACCCAGAAGAAGACGAGCAGGCCACAGCAGAGACGCCUCUCAUGAGUGACCACAAAGAAAGUGAAGUGUAACAAUCCACUCGUAUUGGCUUUGGCUCCUUCCACUUCCUCUUUCCCCGGAGAACGAAUUGUGUUAGCCAAUAAAUGGCUCAUCUUCCACUGAAUCUAGAACUCUUGCUAAAUUCUGUUCACCAAAUUUGAAUGUUUCUCCAGUUAACCUAAGAAUUAGACGGAAUCAAUGCUGUUCUUUACCAGGACUUAUGUCUAGCAUUUAUUUAUAUCUGUAAGAAGCUGAGUCAGAACUAAAGCUACUCUAACGAAAUAAUUCACAUUCAAGUUUUUGAUCUUCCAACACAAAACUUAUGUAGCUGUGAGAUUCAUUAUCUUUCUAAGAUUGAUUUGAAACUUACAUCAGUCUUAUAGAAUGAAUCACAUGAUGGCUUAUCUGAACUACCUUUUAUACUAUCUGAUCCGACAAGUGAAACAAGUAACAAAAGCAAACAAUGACUUUAGCAAUAAAUGACGUAAUUUUAAAGGAUUCUUAAAAAACUUAUCACAUUACUAAAUAAUAACAAAUUUAACUAUGAUAUUGAAUGAAAGCUGAAACUUCCUACUUUUUGUACAAUAAAAAUAUUGCACAGUGAUAUUAGUUUUGUCUUUAGGAUUAAAGAUAAAAAUUCUGUAAUUAUCCUAUUACAAAAUUCACCGAGUUUUCUUUCUCUUUGUAAAUACAUUGAAAUUUCACUUAAAUCUGUAUUUUAAUGAGUAAAAUAUUCUUGGUAUUAAUGUACAGGUAAAUCUUAUCCUUAAUAACCCACUUGCAGUCACACUAACAUACGAACCUAAUAUUAGAUGGGUCACUUAUAGGUGUAGUAGCAGGACUGAAGAAAGACACAAAUCCGUAGAAAAAAAGAUACUGUAAAAAUGGGAUAAUUAUGAUAAAUGAAUUGUUUAAAGUUAUUAUAGAUUAUUUGUAUUUGUAAGAUAUUUUGUGUGUUAAAUUAAUUGAAAUACUUCUUUCAUCAGUGUGAUUGUAACAAAGUGUUCAACAGAUUUUUGACAUUCUAACCAUCUAUCAUUAAAUU